CAGGUGACUUGUGCUGCAGUCACGUCUUUAGUGUCACGCUGCAUCCACAGCUUUGUUGACGCCGACCAUGUUGUUUGGUGUGUUAGUUUGUGUUCAUGUGUCGACUUGGCUCUGCUCACAUGUGACUUGGUUUUAGUUGCUUCGUGUCACGUCUUCAUUGACGUGUCAGAGUCGAGUCUGAGUUCUUGACUGGAGUCCAAGUCAUGUGACCGAGUCCCCACCUCUGCUGGUCACCGUGGCAACAAUUAAAGUUGAAUCAUUUACAGGAAUCAUCACCUGGUUUCAAGGAACUCUGGCGGAAGGAGGCACCAACAGGUCAGAUCAGAUUCUGGAGGAUCAUGUGACUCGGAGAUCAGAGCAUAAAUAUCUGAAGGGAGUCUGAAGCCAGUCAGUCGUCAGUGAAAUGGAGGCCAGAGUUGAUCUGAAGAGAGACUCCUUCUGCUGUUCCAUCUGUCUGGAUCUACUGAAGGACCCAGUUGCUCUUCCCUGUGGACACAGCUUCUGUCAGGUCUGUGUUGAAGGUUACUGGGACUCAGAAGGUGAGAGGAACAUCUGCCAGUGUCCUCAGUGCAGACGGACCUUCAGACUGAGGUCUCUCCUGCAGAAGAAUGUCAUGUUAGCAGAGUUAGUGGAGGAGCUGCAGAAGACUGGACUCCAAGCUGCUGACCUCUGCUAUGCUGGACCUGAAGAUGUGGCCUGUGACUCCUGCACUGGGAGGAAGCUGAAAGCCCUCAAGUCCUGUCUGGUGUGUCUGACCUCUUACUGUGAGCAACACCUCCAGCCUCAUCUAGAAGCUCCAGCCUUCAGGAGACACAAGCUGGUCCAGCCGUCCAAGCAGCUCCAGGAGAUCCUCUGCCCUCAACACGAUGAGGAGAAGAAGCUGUUCUGUCGUACUGAUCAGCAGGUCAUCUGUCACCUCUGUGCUGAGGACCAACACAAAGACCACCACAUUGUCUCGGCCGCAGCAGAGAGAAGAGAGCGAGAGAAAGAGGUGGAUCAGAGUCGAGAAAGGAUCCAGCAGAGGAUCCAGGAGAGAGAGGAAGAGCUGGAGAUGCUUCAGCAGGAGCAAAAGACCAUCAGAGACUCUGCUGGUAAAGCAGUGAAGGACAGUCAGGAGACCCUCCAGCAGCUGAUCCAGAACCUCCAGAGAAGAAUGUCUGAUGUGGAGCAGCAGAUCAGAUCUCGGCAGAAGACUGAAGCCGCUCGAGUACAAGGACUUCAGGACCAGCUGGAGCAGGAGAUCUCUGAGCUAAAGAAGAAAGAUGCUGAGCUGCAGCAGCUGUCACUCACCGACAGUCACUUGGUCUUUCUCCAGAACGUGUCCUCACUCUCAGAGGUCAGUGAAGACACGCUCUCCUCCAGGACCCACGUCCAUCCUCACUGCUGCUUUGAGGAAGUGGCAGCAGCCGUGUCAGCCAGCACAGAGCGACUCCAGGACCUUCUGAGAGACACCUGCACCAACAUCUCACUGAUGCUCGGAGGAGAGCCCAAGACCAGAGCUGAGUUCCUCAGGUUCUCACGGGACAUCACUCUGGAUUCAAACACUAUAGACUCACAGAAGUUGAUGUUGUUGUUUGAAGGAAACAGAAAAGUGAGCGACACGUGGCUAAAGGUUCCUUGUCAUGAUCCAGGCAGAUUCACUGAUUACAAACAGGUCCUGAGUAAAGAGCCUCUGACUGGACGUUGUUACUGGGAGGUGGAGUGGACAGGUGGAGUUGCAGUAGCAGUCUCAUACGAGAGCAUCAGCAGAUCAGGACGAGAAAGUGGAUUUGGAUAUAAUGACAAAUCUUGGUCCUUAGAUUGUCACAGCUCUGGUUGUUCAUUCACACACAACAGCAUCAGAGCUAAAGUCUCCACAGCUCCACCCUCCAGAAUGGGAGUGUACCUGGAUCACUCUGCAGGUCGUCUGUCCUUCUACAGCGUCUCUAAAACCAUGACCCUCCUCCACAGAGUCCACACCACCUUCACUCAGCCUCUACAUGCUGGGGUCGGGGUUGGGGUCGGGCUUUGGUUCAGGUCCUCCUCAUGUGAGAUCCUGAAGCUGAACUAAACAACAGUGUGAGGAUGAUUGUGUCUCACAAACUGAUGACUUUUGUGUAUUAAUGCUGAUUUUUGUGUAUCUAUGUUGUGCGUUCCUGAGAAUGUUCUUGUUUUUAACACACCAACUCACCUUCUCUGUGUGUUUUAGUCAUGUGAGGUGUGUGUUUCUCAGUGUGUUUGGGGAAUUUGAGGUGAUUAUUGGGGUGAGUGUUGAUAUUUCCAGGACUGUUUUCAAUGUCUGUGUGUUCUCUUGUCUCCAUAUUGUGUGGAUGGUGUCCACCUGUUAUUCAUAGCUAAUAAUAUGCAGCAACGUCACAGUGAAAACUCCUCUGGUUGCGCAGCCUGACUUCCGGCUCUUUUCAGGAGCAGGAAUAUGAUCUUGAUUUGAACGGUGAAACCAUGUUGAAGACAGAAAAAUGUCAUUUGUUGCCAAUAAAAUGGGAAGAUUUAUAGUUCUACAAAAGUUGCUUCAUGUUUGAAUUUAAUUUCUUCAUCUGCUGUUUUAACUUUUAAUGAGCUAAUUACGAUGAA